AUGUUUUGGUUGGAGAGAAACCACAAACCGAAAAGGUACUUUCCCGAAAACGAUUUGGCCGCCCAAAAGUGCUCCGGAGAGGCGAAGGUAACACGGACGACCUCGUACGCAACCUGGACAGCCUUGACGUCAAGACUGGCGAAAAUCCCAAGAACAUCGGUCAUGAUCUCGUCUUUGGUUUUGUGAGCUAGCUUGCGGCCAACCUUCAAACUAAUGGUUUUUGGUAGGCGCAUGAUAACAAAAGCGAAGAAGCAAAAAGGCAAAACGCGAAAAUGCAAAAAACCAAAAAACGGCAAAGAGCAAAAGCAAAAAGCCGGGAUUAGAAGAAUACAAAGAAAAAUAAAGAAUUAGAGUCGAAAGAUGCUAAUCCACACAGCAAUAAUGAAAACAUAACAAUUGGUGGCAGAAGGACACCAACUGCAAGAAAAAAAAAAACAAUUAAUGUCGAAGACACCAACUGAAAGCACAAAAAACACAAAAAGGUAAAUUAUAGUCCAAAGGACACCAAUCUACAAAAAAAGAAACAAUUAGCGGCAGGAAGACACUAAUUGCAAGAACAAAUAUACAAUUGGCGUAAAAACGCCAAUUGCCAGAUGACCAAGUAAUAAAUUUGUGUCCAGAAGACGCCAAAAACCUUGCGACACAAACAAAAGCUAUAUAGAGCACGGCAAAGACAACUAACAAACUAGACAAAGUAAGUAAGAGACAAGAGCUGGUGAAGGUGAAAUCAAAGAUGACGGGCGCACGUAUUUAAGAGGCAAUAUGCUCCGCGGUGGGUGUUGUAUUAAAUGCUUGAGGUUUUAGACACAGCAAAGAGAGUGAUUGCACUUGUUGUAUGUAGUACAACUAAUUGUUUGUAACAGUAUAAGUGCAAAAUUGGCGUAGCUUAGGUGUCGAAAUGUUUAAAAUCGUAAAGGGUAGAUACUCUCACACAGACUUUUAUGUAAUUUUUACCAGGUGAACUCCGGCAGGAGAUCAUUGGUAAUGAGGAUGAGAAAAGUGAAUACCGAAUUUGGGAGGCAAUCUCUGUUUUUCAGAGGUCCAAUUCUCUGGAAUGGCCUCCAUAAUGAAACAAGAAUUCAAGAUGAAGUAGCUAGAUUUAAAGUAGCCUUGAAGAAAUGUAAUCUGGAACAAAUUAGUUUAAUGAAGGGAACUUGUAAAAUUUUAAAUAAAAAUUUAGAUGAUUUCUUUUAUUAUUAACUUGUAAUUUUAACUUAUGAUGCUGUGCUGAUAGGAUAAUUUUAGUAUUACUUAUAGCUGUGAAACGUCCCUCAUCGGCGAUGAGCGAGGAGAAACGUCUGCCGUUCGUAGGCUAGCUUUGCAGCCCAGUGAUUACCACUCGAUGACUUCGCCUGCAAUUUGCAAAAUAACUGCAAGACUAAUCUAAAAUCCUAUUAUAUUUUGAAUUUGUAGAUAAACAGGAAAUAAAAGAAGAAACAAUCGGUUGAAAUUUAAGCAUAAUUUUAAAUCUGGAAUAUUUGAAUGGACACUAAUAGUUGGAUUCGGCUCUUGUAUAAUAUGAAGAAUCCGACUAUAAUGCAAAAGCCGAGUCCAAUAAUUGCUAAAUAUUGAAAUUUUUUUUUCUUCCUUUAAGGCAAUGCAUAGAAACGAAAGCAAAUAUCAUUUCCAAAUAUUGCAAUUGUUAGUAUAUUCAGGAAGACUUUUACGUUAAAAUCCCGUCGCCAAAAAGUCAGCCUCAAGACAAAACAGAAACACGUAACAUCGUAGGGUUCAUUUCUCAUACAUAUCCACUUCAAUUUGUUUGCAGCCAAAUCAAACUACUAUUUCAUUUUACAUUUCAUGGCGUUUUAUGUCUUGCAAACACCAUUUGAUAACGGUGAGUAUAAAAAUUGUUUUUGUUAAUUUGCGAGUAUAACUGUCUUUUUCAAGAACAAGGCACAAUGAUCUUUCUCUACCAAAUCCAGCGGUUAAUAUUCGAAAAUAUUUCCUGAUUGAAUAAUAAAUGCAAGAUUACAGAAAAACCAAAGCCAAAUAGCUCACUAUAGUGAAUAAUAAGAUUAGCGCAUACGUUGCAUAACGCUAAGAUAGAAAAGAACUUUCAAAGUUUGAUAGCCGAAAUAGAACUGCAGCAGGGGCCUAGCCAGCCCAUAAACCUAAAUGCCCGGGUCUACUGAUUUUUGGUUCGAUCACUCUACCGCUUGUAAUAAAUGAUGUGUCCAUGGGGUGAGCUAAAAUGCAUAAGAAGUCUAAGUAUUGGUAAGUUCAGUGCGUACUAGUCAUGCGUGCAAUUUUCAGGAUGUAUGGAACUGAAAGUCAGCCAGGCCUACAACUAUAGUCAUGGACAAAAGUCUUGGGACACGUUUGCGUUUCUGGGGCGUUUUCCAAUUCACACAGGGCCAACCCCUCCCCUCAUCCCACAAACAAUGUUGGACGCGUGUAUCUAGAAUUUUUUUUUCCGAGUUUCAACUUUGUAUAGAGUGGGGGGAGGGAGAACUACAAGAAAAUUUCGAAAACGCUGCACUGUUUUAAGAGGGAACCGAGAAAUAACAGAAAAAUAAGAAUAUUGCGGUACUGUUCCAAGGACUUUUUUCCAGGAUUGUCGUCAAAAAGCUGGCUACGCCCCUAACUCCAAUCUAACUCGGUCGGUUCUGUCACAACGAUGCGAGGUGAAUUGUUGUUCCAUUGUACAAUGUGUAGAAUUGCUACGAUUGGUGAGCUCUUCUCCGGGGUCCCAAGUAGUGAUUGUUGAAUGUCAUGAUACCUUUUCUUUCUACUCUAGGUUAGUUCCACAACUGGGUGUAGUUCCAGUUACCCAAUGACAAUAGCAUACAACUCUCCAGGUAAAUUUUCGAGAUUUUAACCACAGGCAAGGAGUAGCGUCACCAUUAAUGUCACCUAGAAACUAGAAUGGGCAAUGUCCUUUUUAUAUUUAACCUUAAAUCUUCGCUAACAGGGAUUGCGUAGUGGUGAGAGCACUUGCCUCCUUUCGUAAUGUGGGUUAAUUGAUUGGUUUUCCUCUUCUCUGCUGGUGCGUCAAGACAUUUCUCAGUCCAGCAAAGCGUUACUGCGGAUUUUUCCUUCUUCUUCAAGUUCCAAUUCCAUCUAGAUAGAAAGUCAUUAGGGAUAAUACUUUAAUUAUAAGGGUUUUACAUUUUCCAAAUAAGGGUGGCUUGUUUAUUUAUUUAUUCAUUUGUUCUGAUGUAUUUAUACAAAUGUGGACUUCUGUGAGUGACACAUUUUUUGUGGGAUUAAUUUGUUUAAGCUAUCCCCUGUUGUUUUGUUGUGUCUGGUCGAUCAAUCAUUCGCUGAUGCAGAGGAUUCGAGCAAAUAAUAGGUCUACAAAUAGUUUGUUGGACUGCGAAACUUAACACUGAUGAUAUUUUGCAAAACAAGUUAAUUUAAUGGGCGUACCUCUUUUGAGUUGAAAUUAAUUAUAGAAAUGCGGAGCCGUUGUUGUCACCACAGACAAUCAGUGGUAGAAGCGGAAUCAUUUGAAUCUUGAUAUUCAUGAUUCAGGUCGUUUUUGCCUCAAUGCUUCAUGAUUCCUACAAGAAUUUUUUCCAGAUUCAAGAUUCACGAACACCCAUUGACUUCAUGAUUUUCUCAGUGGCAACUUAGUCUCGUUUUGUACAUGUGUAGUUCCUUUGGAGCUCAAACUUCUCCCUCAUAGAGACUCGGUAUCAUCAUUCGUUUUUCAUAACUGGCAUGAACAUUAAGCACGAGGCCGGAGAAGGUACUGGAAAAGUAAGCUGACUGUCAGCCUCGAAUGCACGAAUUACCGAUAGGGGGUUCUGGGAGCAUGCUCCCCGAAUGUUCCCCCGCGAAAAUUUUUGAAAAUUGGACUCUCGGAAACACCAUAUCCUGCAUUCCAUGGAUCGAACGCUACUAAUGGAUAUGUUUAUUUUGUUGAGCUUUCCUUUGAGUCUCGUUAUUCAUGAUUCCCCAGCCGAAGUACAAAGAGUCAUCAUUCCCUAGUUUUUAAACGAAGAUUCUUGAUUCUUACAUGUUUUGUAACUAUGGUUCAUGAUUCAUGAUUCUGCUUCCACCCACCGACAGACAAGGGCAAAGUGCGAAUAAGGAAAGCAUGUUCAGCAGUAGAACGAGCUUUUCGUCUAUUGCGCAUGAGCAGACCAUUGUUACGAAACUACUAUCUGCAGUAACGUAAUAAUGACCUCUGAAUCGAUUAAACCUCAGAAGAAAAUUGUCUGAAUGAUUAUACUGAUCCUAAGGUCCACAAAUUAGGUUUCUGUGAUACUUGAAAAUAUCACUGCUUUAAAAGACAACCACUUAAAGGUAAUUAUCUCAAUUCUUGUCCUGAGCGAUCCAAAUUCUGCAAGAUAUGGCCCUCUUGUCCUACUCUCUUCCCUCGAUCUCUACUAGAAUAUCUUUUAAGUAACGAAAUUGAAAUGUUUUUUAAUUGUUUUACUGGUAAUAUACACUUUUCUUUCAGGCUGUGAUAAUAUAACCAAUUUUCCCAAAAGCAAAUGCUUCUUCAUCAAAUGUAAGUUUUAGAAUUAUUUGCCUCCGUUCACUUAUCAGACGAUUAUGGAUAUCCACCUGUUUGUAUAUUAACAUCACUUAUUUACUGCUUUUCCUUUUCCUUUUUUCUCUUUUACUUUUGUCUUUUUUAUUAAAUGUUUAAAUUAACGGGUAUGCUGACACUGUAAACGGUCAAUUAAUUAAUAUUAUUAAUAAGUUUAUUUCUUUUUAAUUAUAUAUUAGAUGGUACCUAAUCCGAUAUUGUCAGCAAAGCUAUAAUCAUUUAAUUUUUUAAAACUGUCGAAUUAUGGGUUGAUUUGGAUAGCUUGAAAUAGACAAAUUGUCCACCGUCCAAAUCAAGAAAAAUGAGCCAAUAAAAAGCCAGUACAAUUGGCUAUGCAACUUAGCCUAUCAGGGAACAUACUCACUCAUUCACUCACACUCACUCACUCAUUUUCAAGAUUGCUUAAAUAGCUCUGUAGAAAAAUAUGCAAACAAGGAAAUUUACAAAAGAUUGACACUCAGAAGAAUAUCUUAAGAGAGUUAGAAAGCCAGUGCAUAAGAUUAGUGUAACCAAGCUGCGAUUAGGAGUUUAUUCUUUACGCAUAAAACCUUUUGUUUAUCUGAUCAUUGACAAUCUUUUACAUGUUUAGCUGUUCCUCGAGAGGCGCAGAGGGCGGUCAGAAAUAUCACAUCUUCUAUUCCUUUAACUGCAAAAGAUGACUAUCCAUUCAAUGUGACUAUAGACUGGCAUCCGCCAGCUUUCGAAGAGCUGAAUCCAGUGUUUUUGUACCUGGUUUCGUUGUUCGUAUACAGAAACAACAGCUGCGACGGGCGAAUAAGUCUCGAUCUCGUUAGUUUUUAUCGACAGGUAAGUUGGUUAAUACAUUACAAGUCAAGGUUCUGGUGUCUUAUUUUAUAUUCGGACGUUACUUGCAACUUUCUGGUGCCGGUUAGAUCUGCUCCUGGAUUUCUAGGUGGUGCUGAUUCGAUUCUUCAGCCCCUCUUUCUGCGUUUCGUGAUUACCUCCAAAUCUAAAUCUAAAUAUGACUUUGUCGGCAACAUCCACGAGGGAUAUCACGCCAACUCUAAAACAGUAAAUAUAUAGAAGAUGAUAACAAAAGCUUAAACUACCAAUAAAAACUAUUGUAAUAUAAACUGCUAAUAAAAGAUAACCUAAAGGGGUUUAAAAUCUUGCAGCAUUCCCGUCAGGCUCGCUGUUCGAUCAUAAUUUCCCGUGACCAAGCGAGCCGCUGUACCCUGUCAGGUGCGGCUUUAUCUUUCUAGUAGUCUUAUACGUGGUUUCUUUCACUGGGCCUGCAACCAGCUUUGAAUCCAAUGCAGUGACUUCAUUGCUCUAUCCUACGUCGUUUUAAACUUGAGGCCCAAUCCUCAACCUGGAACUCGAACCGCUACUUUUGAUAAUUUUACUGAAAGGCAAAUUGGCCUGUUCGGCCUUUUUGCUAUUUCUAGCCUAGCUGUAUCGCAACAUUUAUUGCGUAAAUCUAAUGCUUCUAAAUUUACUUGCAGGUGGCACCGUAUAUCUCAUUUACCUACCUUAUACCUAAAACAAAAUACAAAAUUCAAGUAAGUGCUACAACGAGCCCCCGUAUUGUAAUGUAGGCUAGAUGCAACUCAACACCCUAUUUACUCUAUCUACCCACCGUAGCAAAUUCUAAUUGCUUAGAAUGAAUGAUUUUCCAGUAAUCGGAUACUCAUGUUUUGCGCACAGGAUUUUGGGAUCGCCAGGGGACAAACAUUGCAAGUCGCUACAAAGAAUUGUAUGGCGUGGAGUUGUUUCUCCGUUAAAAGCAGUGUCUUUGGACAUAGAAUGCCGCACUUUGCCGUGAUUUUAUGAGAAACGGAGGUGACUAAUGUUAGUGCGUUGAAAUUUCAAGUUUCUGUGUGAUUAAUGCGAUAAAUUCUAUCGAUAAACACUCCUUGCGUGAGGUUGAGUGUGAAAUUUAUGUUUACUGAAUUUUACACAGUGAUCCACAUGAAGAAAAGGUGUCGAAAUAUAUAGUGCAAAUUUAGGUAUACAUGUAGGGGGACUGGCUCAUUUAAGCUUUUUAGUUUUAAUUACGUGUGGUAAUAUUUACAACGAGUGUAACUACGCUCGGCCGCGAUCAGCUCUGUGCGGGUUAUGACGCUCAACAAUCGUAGGACGUGGCCAUAAAAAUAAAAAAUCCUCCUUUACUUUGGUAUAAACAAAGUAACAUCUACGAAAUAUUUCAUGGAAAGUACAUGGUAUUUAACCAUUAGUAGAGGAGGCAGAAAUCGUGCGAACGAGUAAGAUUUCCGAUACAAUAGCAGUGAGUGUGUAAAUAAAUACCAAGUUGAUGUGCGAAAUUCAGAGAUUCUAGUCUUCCCUCAAAAUGAUCAGAAAAGGCAUUAGAACUCAUUGGUGCUCUGGAUCAUGACAAAACAUUUCGCUUGUGUUUUUUUGGUUAGAAGGAAUCAAUAUACCAAUGUGGGGAAGAUGUUUUUGCUUUUAAAGUUAAUACUGUACAUAUCAAAUUCGACAAUACAUAAGCUUACCUUCGAUCGUUGUCACAAACUGGCACAGCGUUGUGAUCGCCGCAGAGCCGAACGUAAUUACACUCGUUGUAAAUAUCAGCACAUGUACUUACAACUGGAAAGGCUUAAUAAAUGAGUCCACAUUCCCCGCUCAUUUAUACCUGGUAAGUUAGUACCCCGGGGGGGGGGGGAACUCCCAUAUGAAACAGACGGGGAUGCUCGUCGGAAAUUUUGAAUUUAACCCCUAAAGGAGACCAUCUGGGCGUGGCUCAAGCUUUUUGUGACCCCUAAAGGAGACCAAUCUGGGCGUGGCUUAAGCAAAUUUUGACCCCUAAAAGAGACCGCUUAAAAACACACAAAUACGACAUGCAAUGAGUUUUAAUGAUAUAAAGACAUAAUCAUCGAAUGCUUUUAUCUAAAAGUAGUUUUUAAAAGCAUUGUCAUAAAUCUCAAGUUCUUCGCGGAACCCUAAACGAGACCUUGGCGGCCUAAAAUAUUGGCGCUUUGCCCGGAACACCCUAAGCGAGACCAAAAUCCAAAAUUUACACCCCUAAACGAGACGACGAGCAUCCCCGCCUGUUUCAUAUGGGAGUCCCCCCCGGGGUUAGUACUAUAUAUUUCAAGACCAUUCAGUAAAUUUCACAGUCGACCUUUCGCAAGAAGGAGUGUUUAUCGAUAGAUUUCACCGCAUUGAUCCCACAAAAACUUACAAUCAACGCACCAACAUUAUUCACCUCCGCUUCUCAUAAAAUCACGGGAAAAUGCAGCAUUCUCUGUCCAAAGACACUGGUUUUAAACGGAGAAACAGCUCCACGCCAUACAUUUCUUUGUAGCGACUUGCAAUGUUUGCCCCCUGACGAUCCCAUAAUCCUGUGCUCAUAACUAAGUCUCCGAUUACUGGAAAAUCAUUCAUUGCUAUUUAGUUAUUUUUCUUUUAAAUGUGAUAUUUUGUCAUGAUUUCAUCUUUAUUUGGGUGUGGUUUGGUUAGUGUCAUAUUCGUCACGAGUAGUUGAUUGUCUUGAUUUAAGUCUGCCUGGCUACCUGGCUCCGAUAGAACCCAUGUAGACGGACAUUUCUCUCAGUCAUCAUAUUCCUAACUAAUUUUACUGCUGUUACAUCAAGUUGUGACGCCAAUAAAGAGUACAAAUCUGUAGUCAGACUGAUCUUGAAAAUAAUUUUGGCCCAAAGCAGGCUAAAAUAACGAUCUCACUUCGUCAAGGCAUUAACUGAUCGGGUGAAACACUUACCCUAAGAAUUAGAGCCAAUACAAAUGUACUUUAAAAACCUUUCACUGGUCUUACAAUAUGUGAAUCUAAUCUGGAGUAUUAUUAUGUACAGGUUGAACCAUUAUUUGCUUAUCUCAGACCUCAGUCGCCGACGAGGCACAUAAACUUUACAAUACCUGGUUAGUUAAAACUUACAACUAACGUACACGUAAUACAGUUACAAUGGCAUAAAACACCAGAUGGUACUUCAGUAAUUUGUUGUAUCCCCUCAAUGCAUCAGGUUUAGUUUCAGCCAAAAACAUCUGGAGAGCCACUGGGGUAUGAUCGACAGAGCCUUAUUUUACUGCUACUGCCAAUUCAAAAUAAUAGCAACUCUGAAUCAAUUAAUAACGGGAUUCUUCUGGGACUUUCAAACUGCGGUAUGCUAAGAGAUUGUUUUCCUUAAAAAUCGUUGCUAGAUUGAAAUCAAUCUAACUGCAUUUCUUUUCUUUAAGAUAUAAAUUUGGAGAAACUAAAGGUUCAUUACAAAGGUACACAAUUCCACCUUUCGUCAAACGGGAGUAGCUUUGAUGUUAACAUUUCUUGGGACGAACCAACAUUUAACAGGAAACUGACAGGUUAUCAGUUUUCUUACCAAGUUGGAUACCAAAAAUCGGUAGUCAAUGAGACUGUAAGUAUUUCAAAUUAAUUUUCUUUUGUUGGUGAAUAAAAACAGUGUCUGAAAUAAACAUAGUGUGAACAGCGCAUAAAUUUAACCUCCAGAAGAUCUCUACUCGAUCACUUCUUUCCUUAAAGGAAUACCUUACGACACCACGGAGUAGCUGCCUCCCAGGGCUAGCUCCCAGCCCCCCGUCCCCCCCGCCUCGGUCAAAAACUAGAGACAUUUAAAAAGUGCUUCAACUGUUGUAUUGAUUAAACAGUAAUGUUAGGCCAUUGGCUUUCACUUCCUCUUCUUAAUUUUGCGUUUCUAGUUCUUUUUUGUUAUAAUUAAUUUGUUCUUUUAUUUUUAUUUGGAGAGAAAGGAAAUUAACAGAUCAGAGUUUCACAGGAUUCUAUUUUACGCUCCUUAAGAGGACUUAGGCUUUUAAAGAAGUUAUUUGUGAUCAACUUGAUUCAACACUUGAUCAGCUCGAAUCGUCUUUGUUCUACUGUAGAAUCGAGCAAACCUGGUAAAAUAUUACCCAAAGUUCGGGAAAACCGCUAACGAAAUGAUUGUUGACGACUGAACAGCGGCUAAGAUAUCACAACGAUACAAGGGGUGAAAAUAAUUUUUGGCUCGCCAAAAAAUCGUCAGUCAUAUUGGCGCCAUUUUCCUCAGCUGUAAGACAAAAAAUGAAUUCGUACUCACGAACGCAUGACCGUUUGCUCGGUCAAAUUCUUAUUCUACACUAAACAGUAAACGAAGACGAUUCGCUGUAUCAGCUGUAACAUUUUGCUACAGUCGAGGUCACAAAUAGCUCCCCUGCGCCUUGUGUUAAGGGUGAGAGAAGGGUAUGCUCCCUAGGGAUUUCAGUCAGCGUGUGGAAAGAAAACUAAAUAAUAUAAACCUUAAUUUCUGAUUUGACGAUUGAUCUUCAUUGUCACUUUUUCUUUUAGAAAAAAACUUACUUUGAUAUUCCGGAGGUGUUGCAUGGCGAGCAAUUUUCUUACCGGGUAAGAUAUACCUGUAAAUCAGUUUUCGGAUGAUAAUUUGUACGUAUGCGGCGCCCCGGGAUUUUGUAGCGAUCAGCUACGAUGGUUUAAUGAUAUAACCAUGGUUUGACUAUGGUCGAUUAGAAAUAUUAAUGGCACAUGCAUAUUAGACCAUAGUAUAAAAUUGUAUAUGAUGUGACGAUAUAUGUUUUAGUCUAAAUUAAUCAUAGUGUAGUCUAGCGCGAAAUCAAUAAGAAAUAUUGACGAUCUUAGCUUGUAUAUUUUUUCUUUCACUUUUGCUUUACGCCGGAAACACCUCUCCUGCCUCCACUGCUCUUUUAGUCGCUUUCUAGAUUAACAGCUAGUAGCGCUAUGAGGUAAGCGCUAAAACGACUAUCAACACUAUUAGAUAAGUGUAAAUCCUGCUACAGUUUUAGGCUUGGGUUAACUUUUCACAGCUCCCAAAUCUGCCUCUAUCGCUAGCUAAUUAACCAUUCUACCUGCUUACCAAUUAAACGUACUAACCCUUCCUAAAUUAUUACUAAGGCUAUGACUUGAUCAUUCCUCAUAUUUCCUAUUGGUCCCUUUGUGUCAGAUUCACACAUAGAGUCUCGUUACGGAUGUUGAUUUAAUGAAUAAACAAGUAACUUGGAUAAUUUCCUGUAAAGAGGCCAUAAAAUGAGUAACACAUUGUGAAAUAAACGAUUAGCCUUGUUGUGAAGAAAGAGUUGGACUCCUUGUCAAGAUUUCAGUUGCCGGGGGUACCUUUCUGCUGCCAGCGAGGAAGAAGGUAAUUCCCCGAAAAACGUACCGGUACAAUGAUAUGACAUGAUCAACAAUGUUUAAGGCAAACGUCAGACCAGACCUGGAAUAACAUAAACAACAAUACGUGACCAUGGUCAAAGGAACACGUUUAAGCCCACAAACUUUCCUGAAAUCAUUGGGAGUAUUAAAAUUUCAAUCUGUGAUGAGGUCAAAAAAUCAAGGAAAAAGGAACUAUAGGAAUAGGCAUUUGUCAUUGGAAAUUACUAAGCCUAGAAAAGAACUCCAUUUAAUCGCUUAUUACCUUGACUGCAACAGAGUUUUUCUUUAUAUUGUUCAUAAUUAUGGUCCGUGCUUUUUCACUAUGAGCAUCAGGGUUUGAGGGAGGAUUCAGCAAAACAAAAUUUCGGAGUUAGUAAUCUCUUCGUUCUGAGAGUGUUGCCACUUGUGAUUUUCCCCAAAUUUUAUUUACAACAAUGUUGUCUAUAAGCAUCGCUGAAUUUUAUUUUAUCAGACCCUGACAUUCCUAAUACAGUAAAACAACAACAACAACAACAGGUUUAGUAGGUUGAGUCUGAUCGUCCGGGUGAACGUAGUCCUGAAUAGGACUGUUGUUGUUGACAGCGACUGACGUUUCGACAACCUGUGGGGUAGUCAUCUUCAGAGUCAAAGUGAGUUGUAUCACGUCAUUUGAUGGUAUUAUACUCUGGUUAUUGAUCUGAUUGGUCAAUUACGUCGCGAUGUUAUUGGUCGUCUGUCAGUUAAGUCGUGAUGUUAUUGGCUAUGAAGACUCGUAAUCAGUAAUUGGUACGUUUCGAUCCGUCUGUUGUCACAGUUAAACAGUCGUCUAUUGUUAGUCAAAAUUGACAGGUUUGUUUCCUUUCAGGUUACUCCCAAAUACGACCUGUCAUGGUUAAAAGGAAAAGAACAACUUGACAGGGCAACGGCAGAAGGUAUCAAUGACAAAACUCAAAACGUUCUCAGAACAGUUAUUUAUGAUAAGUAAAGCUAGUCAAGCUUUACGCUGUACAUGCACUUUUUACUCUUUAUGCAUCGACAAUCACCUCUCAAUAACGAUAUCAAACAAAAAUUCAAUUCAAGAAUACAUUUUACUAGGGAAACGAUAAACAAUGGCAGAGCGUAAAAUAUCCCAAACGUUCAAGAAAUACUGAUCCAGUCUUUCUUUUCUCAACUGCAGAAUUUGCAUUUUUAACUCGAAUAUCUCUAUUUCUUGCAACUCACCACCAAUGCCACCGCUUUUUUUGCCUAGUAAUCGGUAAAAACACUCUCUAAUAAGUGCAACGAACAGAUCAUUUAUUUGAAAUUAAAGCUAUUUUGAUUCCCUGUAUCAUCAUGAAAAUGUAUAUGUUACAGUUACUAGAGAGAUAAUUUUGAUUUGCACUUUACUGUGUACUGAAAAGCUGAAAAAUCAGCAAAGGCAAGUUGAAGAUUCAAUCAAUCCUAAUAAUUUGAAUUGUUUUCCUUUCGUUUCCCUACAGAGUUCUGGUUAUCAGGGUUCUACUGUAUUCAUUAUUUAAUAAUAAUAAUAAUAAUAAUAAUAAUAAUGAUAAUAACAAUAUAGCUAUCUUCCAAAGAGCUACACCGAUACAUCUUAGAUUGCGAGAAUGUACCUGAGUACGUCCUAAACCCGCUUGAACCUGAAAACUCUGUGAUCGUCACUUCGAUUAACAAACAAGACAAAACAAAGAUGAAAAGAUUUUAAACUUUUAACACAAAAAUUAUUGAAAAUCAAUUAACAUUGUUUUGAAUGCCAACGUCUAACCACAAUUAUCAGUGCGGAUAAAGGUUGGGAUCCGCCUCGAUUAUCACGCAGUGUUUUCUAAUUCUUUUCCAAAGUUUUAAUGCUCACUUAUUAUCCACGGGCCUGUUUCUCGAAAGAAAAACAUUUUUGUUUUCUGACCACAAGAAACCAAGAGAGUGUUCGCCGACGAACCGUCUCAGCCAACGUUUCCUUUUCAAAGGAACUUUGCCCUGAUUGGCUAGUUUGUAUAGGAGGCUAUUUUGAUUUCUGGUAAUUGAUUGGCUCAGACCAGCUGUCCUAUUUUUUUUAAAAUAGGACAGUUUGCCUAUUUAUAAAGAAAAGUCCUGUCUGAAACUAUCCAGAUUAAUCCUCAAUUGGACAGUGGAUAAUACCUUUGCUGACAAUAUCGGAUUAACUACCUUUUGUGCUUUUAGUUCCACCGGACGCCGACUUGAAGGUGCGAAAUAUAGAAGUCGGCGAAUUUGUACCAGAAAAAGGAAAUAGCACAUUCUCGGUGAGAUUUUCGUGGUCGGGACCAGUGUUCAACCAUACUCUUUAUGGCUAUCACCUUACCUACGAGCUUAUAGGAUACAAAACGCGUGCAAUAAAGAUCAGAAGAAACGUGGUAUGAAACUUUAUUUGAGUUCAAUCAGUCAUUAAGUUAAAUCCUAAAAACAAUAUAAAUUGCUCCGUGCUUUUUUAAAAACCCGGUUUAGACCGUGGGGAGCUUUAAGGAUUCACUCAAUUAAAUAUGAAUAUAACCUUUUUAACCGUUCCAUGAGGCAAAGUCAAGCUUCUGUUUUUUCUCUAAAAACUGGUUGGCCGAUAGUUUAGCCAGGAUUAUUUCGAAGACCAUAAUAGUUAAUUCUCUCCCGCCUUUGUUUCAGACGGAACCAGAGCUGUACUUAUCUGAGAUAAGACCAAAGGAGACGGUUAGAUUAACGGUACGAUUAGCGAAUAAACUAAGAUCACCUCAGAGACAAGCGAGACCGAUAUCAUUGAGAUUUACGUUUUGUCAGUAGAAUAGUAGAGAUGUUUUACUCCCUUUGGGGGGGAGAGGGGCAGGAAUCUCAUUUAGGAAGGCAGAAAUUCAUUAAUGACUAUUACGUCAUAGUGUUUAGCUCAUGAAUGAAAUGCGAAUCUCAUUAAGAUAAGGACAUGUACUAUUUUUCGGUUGUUUAGCUCUUUGGACAAGUUUUUUUUUUCUGGGUCAAUGAAUGACUUGUUUUCUAAUUGCUUGACUAAAACCUGAAAAAAGUGUUGAUCUGUUCAUUCAUUUUGUCGACUGAGGAGUACUGUCAACGCCACCACCACAUUUCCAUUGUUUAUCAUUGCACCACCAUCACCACCACAAUAUUUUAUUGUUUUAAUAUCGGCACCACCACCACAUCUCUUUUGUUUUACCAAGACCACCGCCACAUUUUUAUCUCCUUUCCACCACCACCAUCACGUAAAUUGUUUUACCACAACCACCACCACCACCACCAAAGUAUUUCUAUAAAUUUACCACUGCUACCAUUUUUUAUCACUUUUUAUCGUUUUAUUAUGACCAACCCUUUUAUCGUUUUCCAUCCACCGCACCGCCACCGCCACCCAUCACCACCUAUUUUCCUUUUACAACCACCGCCACCACCACUUAUAUCCGUGCAAUUUGUAGUAGCGAGACUUAAUUUCCAACUACAAAGGGUACCUUGAAAAGAAAAACUGCUAAAGCAGAAGCAUAUUGAAUACCUAUCAUUUCAGUGUACUUACUUGGAAACAUGUGUUAUAUUUCAGGUUACACCAAUGUAUGAAAACAAAAAUUUACCGAAGAAAGAAAAUGAAGUAAUGGGAACUGCACCAGGUUAGAUAAUAAGGUCCUUAGGAAAGCAUUGAUUGGGUCUUGGGCAAACAAACCUGAACCUUGAAUGCAGUCUGGCCCUUUCCCGUUAACUCGAACGAAACAAGUAAAGGACAAGUCAAGGAAAGAAAAGUCUCGGUCACGUGCUACGAACUGACGUUUGCCGUAUGGGGAAAACGUGGUUAUAAAUGGGGACCUUAAGAUACACGCCAUUACCGUGAACGGGUGUGGGUUACCCUGGCACAAGUCCUGGGUAAUUGCCAUUUACAUGGGAGAGCCGGAAAAUCCUGUUAGGAAAUCAAAAUGGUUUACGCUGUUCCUUUUUGUGAAGCAUUGCAAAAGAUGGGCUCUAAUUUGUUUUAGGCGAAGCAAUCUGUUGUCUCUAUUUAGCCAGUUCAGUUGAUUAGGAUAUACUUUGUGGCACGGCGUUCCUUCCAUUGCGUCAAAUUCUAUAGUUUUAUGUUUAGGCACAAAAUUCCCGCCCCCUAGACUACCGGGUAGAAUGUUUGAUCACCCAAUAAUAGAAGUGCGUGGUAAAUGGUCGCCUACCCGUUCCUGUAAGCAGAGACGGUGUAUCUAUUUGAGGCUCCUAAUCUCUCUAUUAUGUCUUCCCAACUUCCAACUCGAUACAAUAUACCACUUACCCUAGCACCUAGAGCGGAGCUGUUAAAGGUUGUUGGACUGAAGAACGAGCAACUAGUUCCCGGUUCCUCUACCUCAUUCAGCACUAUAGUAAGAUGGGAGAAACCACUUUUUACACAAAGUAGUAUCAGCUAUUACGUAUACAAUGCUGCCAAGGAAAUGAAGGGGGAGAUGAAACGACUUAUUGCCAUUGGCCUCGACUACCAAAAUACAACGGUAAGUUACUUUUUGUUGCAGCUGUAAGUAAGCCGACACAUUAGAAACUUUGAAUAAAGCGGUUAUACUUAAUUCCAUUACGCGUUCAAUUCAAGUAGAAAAAUUCAAUUUCUGUUCCCCAAUGCUUUCUUAGUCAACGCCACCUAUUGCUGGUUGCCUACAAGUCAUAAAUGAUAUAACACAUGGUCUUAAUAAGAUUCUGUCUCAUAGAAUAGAAUUUUAUUUGCUUUAUUUAUGUCUGGUUCACGAUCACUUUUCCGUUCAGGUUAGUUUUUCUUUACAUAUUCAUCAUUAAAAAUAUCACGCCAUCUCUGGUUGCCUUAAAUCGCCUAACUAUCCGUUGCGGUCAGCUUGCAUUGACCAAAUUUGAAAGACGCUGCCGUUAACAGUACAACUGAUGCCAAUCGUAUCGAAAUAGACAGAAGAUGGAAGCGGUGUGAAAGGAAUGGCAGCUCGGCUAUUUUGGCAGAGCUGGAGAAAUUGUGGAAGGUUGAUUGUCUAAUACGUUUACCUACGUUAAUAAUCUUACCCUGAAUCUAAGGGAUUCAUCGGUUCAUUUCUACCAUGAUCCGGGUGAUCGUGGAUCACUGAUGCUAAUCCGGAUCAUCCCAAAAGAACGCACCCUAAUCUGAACCAUGACGUAAACACAGAAAAAUAAAUGCAGCUUUUGUGACAGUUGUCUUUGCAAUUCGUUUGUUUAUGUGAACCUUCCUCACAGACAGAUAACAGCGUCGUUAUAGAUGGAAUUAACCUGAAUGAGAGGGUCGAAUUUCAGGUUAGUGACGUUUAAUUUGUUUCUAGACAAAGAGUGGUCCAUAAGUUUGAGAAUUUCAGGCCCUGCAUUUCUAAAAUGUCGUCAUGGCGGAACUUUUACAGUGUAAUUUGUUGCUAAUUUAACUAUAAAGGUAAUAAUGUUAAUGAUGAUAAUGAUUGCGAUGUUGAUGAUAAAGAAGAUUAUUAUUUUUAGUAGUCAGAGUAGUAUCAUUAUUGUUCUACAUUAGUUAUCAUAACAGGAAUUUUCAAUAUCCUGCUACUCGUAAUUUGGAUGCUUUAAGCUAAAUGUUGGAUCUUAACCGACUUACCGUCUAGUUAAACUACGUUAUUUGCUGGUUACCAAAUAUUUUAAUAAUAUAUUCUAUGUUAAAAGUAGAAAUUGUUUUUGUUUUUUUCUGCCCAACAACCGGUGAGAAAUUGGUCAAUGAAAUUCGCUAAGUCUUCAAGUACAGUUAAGUUCCCUGGGUCUCACAUGUCGCUCUUCGUAGAAACAACGUAGUAAACGUUUCAGAGCAGGAGUACAUCGAGUUCAGAACUGUGCCUGGGCACCAGUAUCCGAUUUGUAAAGUUCUAGUGGCAAUUUACCGAUUUUUUUUUUUACCUGAUACUUGUAUGUUUACAUUAGUUCCAUAAUUUAUUUGUUUAGCCAGCUAGUUUUAGCUCACAAACAGCCUUUUAAAAAAGGCUGUUUCGGAGCUAAUCUCCUAUAUUGCAUAAUUACACGUUAUUGUUAAAUGGAUGUAGUCAGAAUCUUGACCAUGUAUAGUCUUUUUCCUUUUUCAGGUCACUCCUGUGUUUGCCGCGUCCGCCUUAACGGGAAUUGCUGCUAAGAUUUCAAUUGUUAGAGAAAAACCAAGUAAGAAAAUUUGAAAUUUUUACGGUACCGUAUGUAAUACAUUUAACUCUCGUCCCAACAGCGAGAAAAAUACACCCACAGGGAUGAUAAAAUCAGUCAAAAUCUUUAAAAUUUUGGUUUCAUUUCAUCUUCAGGGAGUAGGUUAUCAGCGGACGGUCUGGUUACCAGUCUCCAAUCUGCUUUAGCGGUUAGCGGUGUACUGUGAGUUUCAAAAGUCGAGCUCGUCGUGCGCGUUUAACCAUAAAGCAGCGACGAUUACUGAAUUUAAUAUUUCUAUACAAAUUUGAGCAGCACUCUCUACACUAGAAAAUAUAAGAAGGGGUUCAACUGUAUUUGUUGUUGCCCCUGACCUUUGGUGUGACAUUGAGAGAAUAUCACUAAAAAAGGCAACUGUUAGGAAAGCCGUCAGAGACUACUUUUGAUUCCUGAACGACUGUUAAUUGCCGAAAUGUGCCUAAGGAAGAAAAUAAAACCAACUGGAAAAGAUUCCUUCCAGUUACUUACUUUUUUUGGUUGAAAAUAAUCCCUUAUCAUAAUUUGAUGAUGGGUCUCAGAAUAGGUUUUUUUCCGAAAACCUGAGCUAGGAUCAAAAUUAUGAGAUUUUUUUUGUAGAAUUCGGCUAAAUUUCGUUCAGUUGUAUUUGACCCCAACUGUCGAAAUUAAAACGUCGACUCAAACUGUGAAGUAAAUAAGGCUCAUAUGGAGUAUGGCUCGUAGACUUAUCUCUCUUCAUUACCUAACCGAACCGCUUGAAUUGUGAGUAAUAUCAAUGUAUACUGUUGUUUAAGUCUUUUCUUUAGUUAGAUAACAGAUCAACGGCGAAUAUCAACUAAACAGCGUGCAUGUUCAGGAAUAUAGUAACUAUGGAAACUAGUCACCGAAGAGUAACCGUAACGCAAAGAAAUUAACAAAUGGAAUGUCUUUUUAAUUGGUCUAUGUGUUAUGAGACCUUAGCCCUUUCCCUAACGCUCUAAGACUAGUAUUAUGUACCCUUAUUGUAGCUUCGCUUAGUUUCCUAUGAUGGAAUAUUAAUCGACCUUUAUAAAUUGCCUGCCUACCAAGAGGAAUAUGACGUCGUGAUAACUUAAAUUCCAACGUUAGUGAUACUCUAUGUUAUUUUAUUACCAGAAAAGAAGGCAGAACGAGUCAUUAGGGGCAUGGAUUUCAUUUUUACACCUGGUGCAAUUACUGGACUUGUGAUUGGUUUUCUGCUCGUGGCCCUUAUUUGCAUGAUCUUUAUUUGGCGUCGCUGGAGAAAACAGAAGAUUUUAAGGAAACGAGGUCUCAUUCCAGGGUAAAAAAAAUACUUUGUCCUCGCUGUAAAUCAGAAAGAUCUGUUUUGCUCUAAAAAUGGGGAAAAGCUUUUUGAUCGGGCUGGUUUGGCUUAAAUUGUGCUCAAAUGGCUCCAAGAGGGCCGAGCUGAAUCAGACACUGGCCUGUAGAGCUGAAUUGACAAUUUUGGGCGGAAGCAGAUCUUUUUAAUCUUCAAUGUUUAUAACCUAAAUUAGACGCGAGGAAAUGAGUCGGGGAAAACCGAAGGACAAUAAAAUUAUGAAAUUAAGAUUGUUCAAAAGUAAUACUACAUUGGCAUAAUGCGAAAGCUUCCGUUGAGCUAUAGUUAAUUGGUGACUGAGUUCUUAUAUAAAUAUGAGCAAAACAUUUUGUCACUUAAACCAUACAGCUCAAGAUUUAGUGAUGCCCCUUAGUUUGUACAAUUAUGCAACGAUAAAAGUUGAAUUAAAAGGCACACGUAUGUUUAUGGUAUAUGUUAUGAAAUUUAAUGGAAAAAUUAAUUGAGACCUCUUUAUAAUAUUUGUGGUCUCAAUGAAUUUUUCGAGCCAACAACUGAAUUAGUAAAAGGGGUUGUUAACGCUUUCAGUGGUCACCAAUUAUGACCUUUAUAACUUUUUUAACAUUUCAGUACAACAGCAAAUUCUUACCUCCUUAUUUUUUUACAGGAAAAACGGUGUGAUAAUUGAUCACUGGGAGGUAGAUGGAGACCUUGUUACGCUUGAGAAUGAGAUCGGAGAGGGAGCUUUUGGUAAAGUUUUCAAGGGAACUCUAAUCAAACCCACCAGCUCUGUACCCCAGAAGUUUUGUUUGAAGCCGUGGAGGAAAACUGCUAAAACUAUCAAUGGAAGUGAAACAUACGUGGUUGCAGUAAAAGUGCUUCAUAGUGAGUACCUGUUGUUUCUGCUACUAAAAAUAGAUAUCUUGUAACCUUCUUGAAAAGAAUUGAAUAGAGAAAAUUCACUUUUAUUCUAAAAAUUAAGUUUCCCAGGCUUUAAAUGCGGCUUCAGCUCUGCCUGAUGUAGUCUCGCUGCUAAAACCAGACCCGAACCAAGCCAAAGAAAGACAUUUUAUUAUUAUAAUUGUUAAUACUUAGUUUUCUUUUUGUUUUAGACAUGCCAGAUGAAAGUGUACGGCAAGACUUUCUCGACGAAAUUCAGUUGAUGAAGGCGGUGGGUUCACACAAGAAUAUUGUCAGCAUGGUCGGCUGCUGCACUCUCGAGGAACCUAUGUUUUUGUUAGUUGAAUAUGCCCCGUACGGUGAUCUCCUACACUACCUCAGAAAACAUAGGAAAACGGUAUUUAUCCCCUUAAAUACUUACAUGGAUACUUUAUUAUACUCUGUCCCUAAUCAGGGCAUUUCAGAAGUACAGACAAACGCAUUUUAUAACUGUCUUAAAAACCAAUUAAAAUAUGAAUGACAUUAGAACUAAAAUAUUUACAAGCUAAUCUCUAUUAACAUAUACUAAAACAGUGGAUGGUGUUUUCCGCGCGCUCUGAUUGGCUACUCAAUCAGGGAAUAUCCUGCACUAUUCACUGAUUCACCUCCAGUUCCUCCGAGCGAGCGAUGCCAAACUCGCGUAAGUUGCGAGCAAAAUGCCUUCCCGGUUUGCUGCCGUAAACAAACAAAGAAAUUUCACAACUAAUCAAGCAAACUGUUUCCGAAAUACACGAAGAAGGUGACGAAGUUCUGAUUGGAAGUUUAAACAGGUAAAGCUUUGUCUUUUUGACACGAAUUUAUCGAUAAAACCGGUGAAAAAGUUUUUUGUUUACUAAUGCAAAUUAAGUUUAAGUCUUGCCUUACUUUAUUUAGUUGAGUUGUUCAUAAAUAAGGUUAAAACUAAAUUUAAUAGUCUUUUGUUAUAGAAUGAUUUUAAAUACAAAAAGAAUUCUCGACUCCUUUUGAAGAAAUUUCCCCGCAAGAGCUAAAUAAAUGCCUUCAAAAGUUUUAAUUGUCGGCAAGAAAAAGCGACGGCCGCGGCCGCUCGAUCAUUACGCGCCAAAAUUGUAAUCGUUGGCAACGGUAUUUGAGUUAAAAAUCAUCAUUUUUGUGCUCAAUUAUCUCACUGUUUUAGUAUAUACUAAAACAAUUGUCGGUGGCUAGUGUCGGUGGUUAGCCACUCAGUGUCGGUGGCUAGUCGUGGAUAUUUACCUCACGGCUUCGCAGUUCGGUAAAUAUCCACCUCGACUAGCCACCUCCACUUGGGUCAAGUAGUAUAAAGAAUUAUUGUAAUGCUAAUUAUUAAGAAAAUCUUCAAGCAGCUUUUUCGCAGCAAUGCACGCUUAAAAGAGUUUUAUCGUCUUAGUAAAGUUUGAUCGAGCCUUAGGGCGGCAUUCUGAAAUGAACGUUUACCAGUAUUUGUUUUAAGUAGCGGGAUAUCCAAUAACUAAGAACUCCUGGUUUGGCGGUACAGACAUGCUAGAUCGUUUUACAAAACUAUCUGCUUUCCAUUUAAUGUUUUGAAGUGGCUUUGCCUAUAUGCCAGGGAAAAUCCGUGGUGAGGAGAGGGGAGGCGGUAAUUCCUCUUUCCUAAUUCACACAUCCAUGGCAGGUUCCUCAGUGUGAAAAACGUGGACGUUCCCAUAGGAAACGGCAAAUCGAUAUAAAAGCUUACUUCCACAAUUUUUAUCACCACCGUGUUUUAUUAUGGAUAUGGGAUUACGGUCUUUGGGAGCAAGAGAACUCAAGUUCUCACUACAACAAAUUCUUCGAUACCUUAAAAAUUCGUUUGUUCUUCUCAAAACAGUGACAUCCAAGCUUUCAAGGCUCUUAUGAAAAAGCUAGUCAAUGCAUUAAAAGAAACAGAUCAGUGUUGCUUAUAAUUAAUACCGCACCUUUUGUCCAAAAAUUUGGAGCGUAUUACUUAAACUAAAUAGUACAUACACCAUUUGCACAUCUCCCAUAAUGCACCUUGAUUGCCCCUAUUCUCCGCCCCCACCCACCCGCCAAAAAAAGGGAAUUCCUCUUAUAUGAUUAAUACAACUGUCACAAAAGGAAUUGAAAACAAUCAAUUAAUUUUUUGGCAAAAUAUUGGCGGGUAAACAAGGUGUACUAUGGGAGACCCAAUGAAGUGCCGAGUUGGUUCAUAUCCUUCUUUACGUCUUCCAGGCCUUGCAAAAGUCAAACAAAGAGCUUGGAUCUUCAGUCACAUUCACUUCACCAGACGAGCAGAUAAACAGGAUAAACACUGGCAGGGACACCAAUACAGUCUUGAAAACGGAAGAUCAGGAAGAAAAAGAAUUCUACAACGAGGAGAUUUUGACCCCUGGAAUUCUAAUGGCGUUUGCUUGGCAUGUUUGUCAAGGCAUGGUAAGCAACCCACCAAUCUUAAGCUACUUUUUUCUGAGAAAAACGUUCGUCCACUAGAGAAGAAAACUGAACCACCAAACUUCUUCUAGUUAGCACAAGUGGCUUGGUUCCGGACCGCGGAGCUCUAGGCUUAAGUAUGUUUCCCGGCCGAAAGUGCUAGUUGAUUAUUCUGGCAUCUGCAAAUGAUUGAAAACUUUUUUUGAUUUGUGGUCUCUGAUAAGCUCGUUAGUGUAGAAUGACGAUAAACCUAGGGUUCUUUUACGCGGUUGUUCCACUCAAUUCUACUUUGCAGCACGUUUAAAUCUCUGACAUAAAAUGUUUUUUCCACUGUGUAAGGAAUACCUGGCGAGAAAAGGAUACGUUCAUCGCGAUUUGGCGGCUAGAAAUGUACUUAUUGGAGAAAAGAAAAUUGCAAAAGUGUCAGACUUUGGACUGAGUCGACACGUGUAUGAAAAGAAAGUUUACCAUGGUAAACGAAACAGGAAACUUCCUUUCAAAUGGAUGUCAACAGAAGCCAUCUUUGACCAGACAUUCACUACGAAGAGCGAUGUGUAAGAUUACUGAUAAUUAGCGCAUAUUAACUAAAUAUAACGCUUUUCGAAUAUAAAGAAAAAACUACAUAUACUCUUUCAAUGCCAAGUUCAUAUGAAUCAAAUAUUUAACUAGAGCGAGCCUAUACCCUGCCAACAGGAGUUUUUUUGGCACGGGUUUUAGCUUUUACGAAGUAUUUCAUGUAGCUGGCUUGUUUACGACUGUGCCUAUGUUAAAGGUCAUGCUGGACAAAAAAGACAGUAGUAUAGUAGUGAUAUUUACUUCUUUUGGUGAGGAUUUCAUUACUUUGCGAUCAAAUGCAUUAACGCCGAUGAUAUCACAGUCUUUGCAGUCUUGAACUCAUCUAUAAAAUGAUGAGACCCUGAGACCCUGCUAGCAGGUUUUCUAGUUAAUACAUAAUAAUGUCCUGCUUUAGGAUUGACUAAAAGCUAAGACGAAAUCAUCCAUAGGUAGAAGUGUAAACAGAAUAAUCCCUUACUCGUGACGUCAUAACCCAAGAUAAUAGCUCGAUUAAUGUCUUGCUUUAGGAUUGACUAAAAGCUAAGAAAAUCAUCCAUAGGUAGAAGUGUAAAUUCAAGGUUUGGAUAGGAUAAUCCCUUACUCGUGACGUCAUAACCCAAGAUUUAUUUCCAGCUGCUCUCGUUAUCCAGUGCAGACAACUUAUUUUCCUGCUUCAGUUAUACGGUUUUCUGGCUGAAUUUAAAAAAAAAAACGUAUUUAGAGCAGUACUGGUGCAUUAUGAUAGUCCUGUGAUGGACUUAAUCAUAAAAGAUUUUGCAAAAAAAAAAAGGGCAUACAUCGUCCAUAACAAUUAUUAUGAGCAAUAUUUAAGGCAUCAGCCAGUUCCUUUAACCAAAACAUGCCUGCGGUAACAAACAUGAUGAAACAACGCAUGUAGCAAAAAUCAAGAAUUUAAAGACUUCACUUGACCUGAAGACCUGACGUCAAGUCUUUAAAAUCUUAAUUUUCGUAACAUGCUUUUUUUCAUCAUGUUUGUUCUUGUUACCGUAGUUUGUUUUUUAUUUUUAAUUACUGAAGUUUAAAUAGCCAAAAAAAUAAGAGUGUUAACAAUAUAAAACAUACCUGUUUUUAAUGACAAAUCUGACAUUUUUUUCUCGUAUUUUUCACAGAUGGGCCUUUGGAGUUGUACUUUGGGAAAUAGUUACUCUAGGUACGCUAACAGCUAAAUCUAUCUGUAUAGAAUUUUGAGUAACAGUGACUUUAAAAAAAUAUAUGAAAUAUGAUAUUGACGGCGUGGUAGCCAUUUACGCCUUUUUUAUCAUGCUAAGUAAACGCAGACAACGUAGUGUUGGUCACUUAGCACAUGAUCAUUUUUCGAAUAGGUGCAAAAAUCAUUUAAACCAUUUUUGGAGGAAUUGUGUGACACUGCCCAUAACUGCUCCAUUGUUGUGAGAUUGCCAAAAAAAUGAUACGUAAGAAGCAUUUGUGCCAGUUCAAAGAGAUCUGGGAAAAAAAUUGACUUUUUCAAAGUCUUUCUGAAAAAAUGGCUGUUCGGUGUUUAUCGCCAAAGGUUCAGUUUUCGCUGAAAAAAAGAGUGGCAAGCCCGUUUUUCUAUUAAUUGGAUUUUAUUAGCCCUUGGUAUGAUCCACUUGUCUUACAAAGUCAUUAGUGGCCUUACGAGAAGACGUUUUUGAACGAUGAAAGUCAACCGGAGUGGUCCUACUUGGGCAGUACUCUCGCUCAAAUCUGGGGAAAACCGUCUCUAUACGUGUCAAGACACGUAGCAACACAAAUCUGGUAGCGUGAAGGGUAAGUAUAGGGAAAAGGUUGCUUGCUUUGUGAUAAGUUUUAUGGUCAAAGACGCUGGUGCUGUUAUGCUACUUUUUCGUUUGGAAAACACAACGAGGGUUACAGCUGUAUAUGUCAUAAUGUAAAUACUCAAAACGUAAAAAUUGCAAGGAAAGACAGGCCCCACUUCUUAGCUUAACGCCGGUGUGAAACCUUUGAAAACCUCUUACAUAUUGAUAUUGCUCCAGUGUGGAGUACAGUUCAGCACAGGAAAAAUGUGUUCGUUUUGCAUAACCUUAUACUACAGGCAGUUAAUUCAGUUAACGCGUAUUCCUUUUGAAUUGGUUGUCCGUUUUAUAAGAUAUCAAAAUCGCGUGAAAGUAAAUACAUUUUCCUACUAUAAUAGUCGAGUUUCUGUGAAACCAUAAUAAUUUUUGAAGAGAGGAAGGGAUAUAAUUUCAAGGAAUGACAAUGUACCUCGUUGUAUCUCAACUCAAAAAUGGACAAAUCGAAAUUGAACAUGGCUGUUUUUAACCCUUUGGUAGACGACCGCGCGAUUUCCCGAAUACCUACCCGCGAAGCAAACAUGAGUAAACGUACGUAGAGGAAAAAUAUCCAUAAAAUAGGCUUAAAGGAUUAUCUCUUUAUAUAACUCACUCACUCACUCACUCACUUGGUCGACCGAAGGCGGGCAACCACUAGAUCUUUCCACAGCCUCUUAUCAGCCAUCAACCACUACAGCAAUCUCACUUGCUUCGAGUGCCCCAGUAUCCCUCUUAAGAGUGUCAAUAUAGUUAGUAUUCGGUCUUCCUCUCCCGCGAUGACCAUGUGUGGGCUCCCAUAGGACUAAUUUCUGGGUACUUAGCUCUGGAUGGCGAUAACAGUGUCCCGCAAGUUGUAGUCUACGAGAGGCGAUUUUGUUGCUGACUGCUGGUAGAUCUCCGUACAGUUGUUGGUUUGGUAUGUGGCUGCUCCAGUGGAUGUUUAAAGCUUUUCGCAGCAUCCUAGUGUAUGUUCCAUCCAACGACGUUUCUUGUGCUUUUGACAGAGCCCGCCUCUCGCACCCAUAAAGUAAGAUUGAUUCGAUGGUGGCUAUGAAGAAUCUGAUUUUUAAAUCUUUACUCAUAUUGGACUUCCAUAUUUUCGUCAUACCAUUCAAAGCUCUCCAAGCCUGUGCUUUCCUUAUGCUGAUGUCUGUUUCUGAGUUAUCAACCCAUGACCCUAAAUAUUUGAAGUCAUCCUUCCAUUCCAGAUAAGUGCCAUCAAAUGUAUGUAAUGGUGUUGGAUCAUCAAUGUUAUAAGCAACUGAUUUUGUUUUCUUAGCAUUCAGUACUAGGCCAACUUUCUUGCACUCUUUUUCUACUGUUAGCAGUAAUUCCUGAGCUUGAGCUAUUUCAUACGACCGUAGUGCUAUGUCGUCUGCGAAGUCUAAGUCAGCAAGAACUACUUUGGGGUGUGUUCUUGAUCUUCGAGGGGUGAUGGUAAAUCCCAACUCUUCUUCUUUCCCAGCCAUAGCUUUUCUCAUAGCAUAGUCAAGCACGAUUAUAAACAGGAAAGGAGUUUAUGUGUCGCCCUGCUGUACACCGGUUGUGAUUUCAAACAUCCCUGUUUCUCCAUCUGGAGAAAGCACUUUGGCCUUUGUAUUCGUAUACAUCAUCUCAAUAGCUUGCAAUAGGUUAGGUGGAAUCCCAUAGGCUUUAAGAAUACGCAUCAUGUUACCCCGAUGAAUUGAGUCGAAUGCCUUCUUGAAGUCAAUAAAAGUCAUGACAGCUUCAAUGUUAUUUGCUUUAACUCCCUCGAUUAUUCUUCUGAGUGUUAAUAUUUAGUCUAUAUUUGGGCCACUGUAGAUCGUUUGGGCCGAAAACCGUUCUGGUUUACUCUGAGUCGGAUGUCAAUUACACUCCUGAUUCGCUUUAAAAUCAGGCGAUUAUACAUCUUGGCUAUAAUGCAAAUCAGGCUGAUUCCUCUGUAAUUAUCGGUCUUUGACAAGUCCCCAGAUUUAGGUACAGGGAUGAUAUUCAUAUAGGACCACAGAUCAGGUUUGUCAUUGUCAUAACUAGAAUAAUCAGUAAUUCAUAUUUUCAAAGGUGCCUAAAAAUUCAUCUCUCGCAGAAGUGAUGCGUGUAUAUAUGAGUAGCAUAAAAUAGGUCAACUUGGUCUGACGAUCGUGUUUUGAGCCAUGGCAUUAACAUUAAUGAACAAACACAAAACAAAAGACAAAGAAAUUAUUUCUUGAAAAAUUAGAAAAAAAAAUCCAUUAGUUGAUCCUUAAAAGCAAUCCGCGUAAUACUUAACUAGAACGUGGAUCCGUUUACGCAAGUGAAAAUCGGCUGAGCACACGGGAAAAUUCAACACAAAAUCACACCAUCGCCAAUCGGGCACGUUUUGUAAUUUUUCUUUCAGCACCGAUAUCGAAAUGAAUUUAACGUCUAUGAAACAUUGAUAAGUACAUAAAUUUCCUUUUACAAACGUACUAAUUUUCUUCACCAUACAGUAAAAUUCUCCAAAACGUCGCUGCCUUGGUUGCAUUUCAAAACAGGCCAAGCACUCAGCCGUGAAGAAAAUAAAGUAGAAUUCCUCGAAAAACAAUUCCAUAAUGAAAAGCUUUCCUUUGCCCACAAAAAGAAAACUGGACUUUCUUUUGAACUUUCCCCACAACCUGUACAAUGAAUAGGAAUCUCACGCCGUCGAAUUUAUCCAAAAUUCGCCUGUUAGCCGGUAACACGGUAUUCGCGGUGGGUCAUCCAUCCAGUUCCUAAGCCCGUCCGCCAGGGCUCAACUUGAGUGCCCCUACAAAAGGGUCAUUGCAAGAUACGUAUUUCUAGUUUAGUUUUAAUACGCGUGCAUAAUUACCUAGCAGCACAUUGUAGCUCUCUGACCUACGCCAUAUAAGCCUCUGGCUUUGGCAUUGUGCUUUGUGUACUUAUUUAUCAAUAAAGGUUAUUAUUAUUAUUAUUAUUAUUAUUAUUAUUAUUAUUAUUAUUGUUAAGGUCCUCGAUUCGGGGAAAUUACAUUGCAAAAACAGCGAGAACCGGCUUCAUCAACUUUCAUGCGUCAUUUCAGUCAUCGCCGAAAAUAAACCGCAUGCUCAUCACGAGACUCAUUUGAAAACAAUGAAUUCAAAGUCGUCACGAUUCUUAUCCCCAGUUUCCACGGUCUCCGCUAGGAACGCCUGGGAGCAUCAAGUCCUAGUUGAUGCCCACACACAAAGAAAAAUAAAAAAAGGCCUGCAUUUUUAGAGUCUUUCCUUGCUAAAGCAAAAUCGACUAAUAAAAUGUCUAUAAUUUGUAAAUUUAUUGACUUAUAAAAUGUCUAUAAUUUGUAAAUUUAUAGACUAAUAAAAUGUCUAUAAUCUGUAAAUUUAUAGACUUUUGAUAAAGGUCCAAUCUUCCCCUCUUUGGGUGCGUCGCUCAAAAACGCGACCUUUGCUUAAACUCCCUAAUAUCUGGGAAAAUACUUCCCAAGCAUUACUGGCCACAAGCCGUUCUGAUUAAUAAAUCAUUGUAUCAGGUGGGACGCCAUACCCUACCUUGGAAAGCAAAGAAUUGUUUCAACUGCUGAAGAAUGGGUACAGAAUGGAAAAACCAGAAACUUGCAACGAGGAGCUGUAAGUAGUGGCAUUGAUGAUGAAGAUAUCUAACUUAAAUAACCAUUCAGUUACCAACAGCUACUAGCUGAUUCUCCCUUUAAUGGGAAAAUUUCUCUUAUUCUUUUUUUUUUCAGCUACAAAAUGAUGCAGGACUGUUGGCAGAACAACCCUGAAAAUCGUCCCACCUUCACUCAGAUUCGGGAGAGCCUGGAGACCAUAAUGCAGAAGGAAAAUCCAUAUCUGGACCUGACUGCUGUGGACGAAUCGCACGCCGAAUACAACGUGCAGUCUUGUGACAGUAUGGCGGAGGAGUCCGACGAUGAUCAAAGAGACGGCAAUGUUAAAGCAGUGUGCCACGAAGGUAUGCAACAUCGAUUAAAUUUCCAUUCGCUGGAACCGAUUUAAUACACAUUGAUUUUAAUCUAUAAACUGUAUAUUCCUUCUUUUCAGAGGCAGGUGGAGACCUAAAGGAGAACAUUACGAAAAAUGAUCCACAGUCCAGUAAUCUGUCAGUGGAUAUCAACUCCAAACCUGAAAUCGAGCUGACAACAGAGAGUAAUAAUUGUGCAAAGAACAAUCAAGGUCCUAAAAGCUACGUGCUUAAUUUGAAUACACUGGAAACGCGUUUCUGA